CUCGGAACUGGGAAUCCCGAAAUCCGACUUCAGUCUGUUAAAACAAAUGGGAACUCGCACAACAAAAGGGGCUCCGACUGGAAAAAAAUUGAUUUGAACGGUCAUCCAACUCGGAAUUUCAACUCGUGAACUCGGCCUCUUUCCAGAGCUCCGACUUAUCACCCUAAAGAUCCCUGACGUAAUGAUCUGACAUUGUAUUGUUCCAAGUUCCCAGUGGUUUUGAACGCGCCAUCUUAUCAACGUGAAAGUUGUUAACGUUAGUCAACACACUGCAACUGCAGCGCUACAAGGAAAUAGAUCGAUUGUUGAAAAAUAUGUUGCCAUAGAACGACAUAUACAAGGGUAAAAAAAGCCUAGACGAUAACAAAAUGAGCUGUCUGCAAGAUGAAUUUGAGCUGGAAAAAAGUGUCAGGCGGUUCAGGGAGACAUUCCAUGGAAAGAUAGCGGUGGAAAAGGCAACCUUACUGAUGAGACGCUAUGCCAACAAUCAUCAAAUGGUCACCUGGGCAGUUAUACUGAAGAAAGGCAACGAGCUGGAUGAUGAGGACAGAAAAUGCUUAGAGACGGAUCAGGCAGUCAAGAAUGUGGUGCAGAGACUCACAGCUGAGGACAGGGAACCUCUGGUCCCUCCUGCACAACAGCCCCGAGGAAGCAGACAGCCUGAAGACGAUAAUGAUAUCAAGGAGCUGGGAGAGCGUCUGCGGGUCCUGCCUCUCACUGAGAAGAACAAGAGAAUGUUUGAUAAUGCCCAGCGCCACCUCACCCCCUCUGUCCUGCACCAGUUUGCCUGCCAGACCUGUGACAAGGACUGGUGGCGUCGGGUGCCCCAGAGGAAGAGGGUAUCUCGCUGUCACCUGUGCAAGAAGAAAUAUGACCCUGUCCCUUAUGACAAAAUGUGGGGUAUUGGAGAGUUCUGCUGCACCAAAUGCACACGCUCCUUCAGGGGCUUUGGGAGGAUGGAUUUGGGCUCCCCCUGCUACUCCUGCCGAACUCUGGUGAUCCCAACAGAGAUUCUUCCUCCACGCAAGGGAGGGGUAGGAGUAGUAGGACCCAGAAAGCCUAUCCCACACAGCUGCCUCGCUGAGGACUGUUACAACAGACAAGAGCCCCAUGUUCCUGGGACAGAGUGUGUCCACCCCCGCAGUCGCCAGAGGAACAGGAAGCCUCGCGUGGUCAAUCCCAGCUCCAUCCACAUCAGCUCCGGCUCCACCGUCAACACCUGCCUGAGCCAAGGAAGCCUGGAGAACCUGUACGACCUCAUCAUGGAUGACAUCAGAGAGGAGAGUGAAGAGGACAACAGUAGUGGUAGCAGCAGCAGCUAGAGCAGCACUGAUGUUACCAGUGACCAACAGUCGUGAGCAGCUUCCAUGCUUCCCCAAUGGUGCUUCCAACGAUCAGGAUAUGAUGGUUUACCUUAGGUUCACAUUCAGUGUAAGGAUGGCAUCUCAUAGGCCUACCGACAUAGUAUUGGUUCUACUUUCCUUUCUUUUUAAAAACCAUGAAAAUACAGCUCAAUAUUCACAACAGUCAGAUGAUAUAAGUGAGAUGAUAUAACUAGUUUCAUGUUUUGCUUUUGGCUUUGUUUAUGCUUAUUGAAGUGUUGCCACGUGUUGUUGCUGCUACUUAAUGUCUGAAUGAUCAGGGGAGAUUGACCGCUCUGGCUACUGCCCAAAAUUCUGACUUUACUUUUGGUUACCUAUUCAGGAGUUAGCUUUCUAGUGAUGUGUGUUCAAAUAUAUUUGUCAUAUCAACUUGAACAAGAAUAUAUUAUAAAACACAAAUAAUGCAUUUUGGUUUCCCCCCAAAAACCCAAAUAAUGCAUGAAAUCUUACUAUUAUUAAUUUUCAAUACGACUCGGGUUCAAAUCAAAUUGUAUUUGUCACAUGCACUGAAUACAACAGGUGUAGACCUUACCGGGAACUGUUACUUACAAGCCCUUAACCAGCAAUGCAGAGUUUUAAAAAAGUACGAAAAUAAGAAAAGAUUCAAAAAUGUAACACAAUAAAAUAACAAGGCUAUAUAUAGGGGUUCCCAGUACGUACCGAGUCAAUGUGCGGGGUACAGGUUAAUUGAGGUAAUAUCUACAUGUAGAUAGGGGUAAAGUGACUAUGCAUAGAUAAUAAACAGCAAGUAGAAGCAGGGUAAAAAAGGGGGUCAAUGCAAAUAGUCCGGGUGGCCAUUUGAUUAACUGUUCAGGAGUCUUAUGGCUUGGGGAUAGAAGCUAUUAAGGAGCCUUUUGGAUCUAGACUUGGCGCUCUGGUGCCGCUUGCCGUGCGGUAGCAGAGAUAACAGUCUAUGAUAUGGGUGGCUGGAUUCUUUCACAAUUCUUAGGAGGAAAAAUCACAGACAUGCCACCGUGGAUUUUAAAUUCACUGUAAAUAAUUUAGAAGAUACCUAUACACCAAUAAAGCACAAUUUAUUCUGUUUGUUUAAGAAUAACCCGAGAAAAACAUUUACAGUGGGGUUCAAAGUUAUUGAUAAAGCUAAGCAAUAUUGAUUUUAUAAACUAAAGAAUUCAAAUACUGAGCUAUAUUGUAUGCGGGAAAAAUGUGGGAAAUUUUUAUUUUAUACUAAUAAUACAAUUCCUCAGAGAAAGAGAUGUUGUUUAACAGGUAUUAUUAUUUUUCUCUCAAAAAGGUAGUGAUAAAAAUUAUUGACACCCCUUAAGAUUCUUAUAAAUAAAAUAGUCAAAAGUUUUGUAUUUGGUCCCAUGUUCGUAGCACACAAUGACUACAAACUUUUUGGACACACUUGCGGUUAGUUUAAGUUGUGUUUCAGAUCAUUUUGUGCCCAAUAGAAAAUCAUGUAUUGUGUCUUUUUGGAAUCACUUUUAUUGUAAAUAAGAUUAUAAUGUUUCUAAACACUUCUACAUUAAUGUGGGUGCUACCUUGAUUGCGGAUAAUCCUUAAUGAAUCGUAAAUAAUGAUGAGUGAGAAAGUUACAGAGGGACUAAACUCCUAGGUAUAACAUUGGAUGGUCAAUUAUCAUUGGAUGGUCAAUUAUCAUAUUGACUAAGUUGUUGUGAAGAUGGGGAGGGGUAUGUCCCAUCUUGAUUACUUUCCGGUAAUAUGGUCAAAUGAAGCAAAGAAAAACCUAGCAAAUCUGCAGCUGGUUGAAAACGACAGCACGCCUUGCCUUUACAGUGCAUUCGAAAAGAAUUCAGACCCAUUGACUUUUUCCACAUUUUGUUACGUUACAGCCUUAUUCGAAAAUUGAUUCAAUAGUUUUUUUCUCAUCAAUCUACAUACAGUACCCCAUAAUGACAAAGCAAAAACAGGUUUUUAGACAUUUUUUUUAAAAACUGAUAUCACAUGUACAUAAGUAUUCAGACCCUUUACUCAGUACUUUGUUGAAGCACCUUUCGCAGCGAUUACAGCCUCGAUUCGUCUUGGGUAUGACACUACAAGCUUGACACACCUGUAUUUGGGAGGUUUCUCCCAUUCUUCUCUGCAGAUCCUCUCAAGCUCUGUCGGGUUGGAUGGGGAGCGUCACUGUACAGCUAUUUUCAGGUCUCUCCAGAGAUGUUCAAUCUGGUUCAAGUCCAGGCUCUGGCUGGGCCACUCAAGGACAUUCAGAGACUUGUCCCGAAGCCUGCAUUGUCUUGGCUUUGUGCUUAGGGUCGUUAUCCUGUUGGAAGGUGAACCUUCGCCCCAAUCUGAGGUCCUGAGUGCUCUAGAGCAGGUUUUCAUCAAAGAUCUCUCUGAACUUUUCUCCAUUCAUCUUUCCCUCGAUCCUGACUAGUCUCUCAGUCCCUGCUGCUGAAAAACAUCCCACAGCAUGAUGCUGCCGCCAUCAUGCUUCACCGUAGAGAUGGUGCUAUGUUUCCUCCAGGCAUGACACUUGGCAUUCAGGCCAAAAAGUUCAAUCUUGGUUUCAUCAGACCAGAGAAUCUUGUUUCUCGUGGUCUGAGAGUCCUUUAGGUGCUUUUUGGCAAACUCCAAGCGGGCUGUCGUGCCUUUUACUGAGGAGUGGCUUCCGUCUGGCCACUCUAGCAUAAAAAGAAGUCCUGCAGAGAUGGUUGACCUUCUGGAAGCUUCCCCAAUCUCCACAGAGGAACUCUGGAGCUCUGUCAGAGUGACCAUCAGGUUCUUGGUCACCUCCCUGACCAAGGCCCUUUUCCCCCGAUUGCUCAGUUUGGCCGGGUGGCCAGCUCUGGGAACAGUCUUGGUGGUUCUAAACUUCUUCCAUUUAAAAAGGAUGGAGGCCACUGUGUUCUUGGUGACCUUCAAUGCUGCAGAAAUGUUUUGGUACCCUUCCCCAGAUCUGUGCCUCGACACAAUUCUGUCUUGAAGCUCCUCGGACAAUUCCUUUGAUCUCAUGGCUUGGUUUUGCUCUGACAUGCACUGUCAACUGUGGUACCAAAUCAUGUCCAAUCAGAUUGAUAUGGAUUUUUUUUUCUUUUCGAUUUUAUAAUAAGGCUAUAACUUAACAAAAUGUGAAAAAGGGAAAGGGGUCUGAAUACCUUUUGAAUGCACAGUAACUGCAUAACAUCAACAACAUGCAUGCCAAUCUUUCCUUGUUGAGGGUUAAAGAGAGAUUAAAUACUUAUCUUGUAGUUUUUAUGAGAAAUAUUACUUUGAUGAGAAUUCCAGAUUGUCUGCGUAAUCAAAUAACAUACAUCUCAGACACCCAUACAUACCCCACAAGACAGGGGACUCGUCACAGUAUUAUACAGAGCCAUGAUCGCAUGGAACGCCCUUCUAUCUCCAAUUAAUCAAGCAAACAUCAAAAUGACCUAAAGACGUUUUAUAAAACAACAUCUCAUGGCACAAUAGGAACUGUGAAAUGACACACACUAACACGGUCUAAGGCACUGUAUCUCAGUGCUAGAGGCGUCACUACAGACACCCUGGUUAGAUUCCAUGCUGUAUCACAACCGGCCGUGAUUGGGAGUCCCAUUUGGAGGCGCACAAUUGGCCCAGCGUUGUUCGGGUUUGGCCGGUGUAGACCGUCAUUGUAAAUAAGUAUUUGUUCUUAACUGACAUGUCUAGUUAAAUAAAGGUCAAAUAAAAUAAAAUAAAUAUACAUUCUUUAGUUGUAUUGUUUGUAUAUCGUUGUAUUUUAUAUUUGUGUGACGGUUCUUGUCUAUCAGUGUUUUUUUACUUGUCGCGUUGCAUGUGUGGACCCCAGGAAGAGUAGCUGCUGCUUCAGCAAAAGCUAAUAGGGAUUCUAAUAAACCAAUAAAACCAAUAGUCAUUCAGGAUUUUCUGACACAAUACAUUAAUUACCAUUCAUUUCUAUUGGACACAAAAUAAUCUAAAACACAACCAAAACUAACUGCAAAUGCAUCCAACAAGUUUGUGGAGUCACAAGCUUGAUGUAUUCAUUGUUUGUUAGAAAUAUGGGACCAAAUACUAAACUUUUGACUACUUUAUUUUUACGAAUCUUUAAGGGUGUCAAUAAUUGGGACCGCUACCUUUUUGAGAAAAAAGUUAUUAUUUGUUAAGCAAAAUCAAUUUUUCUUUAGCAAUUGUAUUACUAUAAAAUUAUAUAAUUUCCCACUUGUUUUUGAGCAUACAAUAUAGCCCAGUAUUUGCAUAAUUUAUUUUAUACAGUCAUUAUUGCUCAUCUUUAUCAAGGGUGUCAAUGAUUUCAGACCCGCUGUGCACACUCUUUGCCCCUGGAAAAUAAUAUUUGUUUGCCAAAUUGAAGCAUAUGGAAAGCAGUUAGGAGCUUGGAAAUGCCUCAGGGAUGAAUCUAUUUUCAAGGUUAUCUUUUCCCUGAAGAAGGAGUAAAAGUUUAUUGAUGAUUUAUAAAUGAUCAAUAAAAUAACGUACUUAUAUCGUUAUUACUUUAAUUUAAAUGGCAUCACAGUAUGUGUUACCCUGAUAUCUUCAUAUAAUAAACAGAAGGUCGGACAAAUA